CCCCUCACAUCCCAUCAUCCCCGCAACAAAAGAGACAAACAAAUCUCAAUAACAAUGACGACCAAACCGGCCAUCGGAUUCUGCGGCCUCGGCGCAAUGGGCUUCGGCAUGGCCACGCACCUCGUGAAAAGCGGCUACGCCGUGACAGGUUUCGACGUGUGGGCGCCGACGCUCGAGAAAUUCGCCGCAGCCGGCGGCACGCCCUCGACGUCGCUGCGAGCGUCUGCACAAGACAAGGCCUUCUACGUGUGCAUGGUGGCGACGGCCAAGCAAGCGCAGGACGCCAUCUUCGGGCCCGACGGGAUCCUCGAGGGGUUACCGGCGGGCGCGACGCUGUACCUGUGCUCGACGGUGCCGAGCGCGUACGCGGCGGGGGUGGACAAGGAAUUGGGCGCGAGGGGGAGGGGCGAUGUCAUGUUUGUGGAUGCGCCUGUUUCGGGCGGGGCGGUGCGGGCGGCUGAGGGGACGUUGUCGAUUAUGGCGGGCGCGUCCGAGGCGGCGUUUGAGAAGGGGCGGUGGUUGCUCGAGGAGAUGGCCGCGCCAAAGAAGCUGUUUGUCGUUAGGGGUGGGGUAGGUGCUGGGAGCAAUAUGAAGAUGGUGCAUCAGGUGCUUGCCGCGGUGCACAUUUUGGCUGUGAGCGAGGCGUUUGGGUUCGCGGCGCGGUUGGGGUUGAAUGGAGGGGACGUUAGGGAGGCCGUGGUGGGUGGUGAGGCUUGGAGUUGGAUGUUCGAGAAUAGGAGCGUGAGGACGCUGGCUGAGGACUAUUUCCCCGGUGCGAGUGCCGUCACGAUUGUGUUGAAGGAUGCUGGGAUAAUCACUUCCAUGGGUCGAUUGCUCGGCUUCCCGCUACCGCUUUGCUCCAUUACGGAACAGGUGUUUUUCUCGGGUCUGGAUAAAGGCUUCGGUCCCAAUGAUGAUGCAGGUCUCGUGCGCCUGUGGACAUCUGAGCCCGUUUCCAGCAUCCAGAGCACGUAUUCAGAAGAUGAUAAGAAAGCCAAACUCAAGUUGGUGACCGAUCUGCUCACCGGCAUUCACCUAUGCGCCGCGGCCGAGAGUCUUGCGUUUGCUAAGCACGUUGGAAUCCCACUGGCUCAGAUGUAUGAGCUCGUUGUCGAGGCUGCUGGUGGCAGCGCCGUAUUCAAAGACUACGCCACCAAGAUGAUACCCAUACUAGAGGGGAAUGGGACUGAGGAUGCGACUAUUCCAGAGGCAUAUUUUGACGGUUUGAAGAAGGCUGUACAGGAGGCUCAGGGCUUGCAAUGUCCACUGUAUCUGGGUAACGGUGCCCUGAGCUUGCUGUUACAGACGGGCAAGACUUUGAAGUUGAAAUCGCUACUAGGACUGUAUUCACCUGUUUGA